AUGUCAGAGAAGAAGCCAAGGGGAGCUGACGCUCGUCCCAAAUGUGGCCUCCGCAGCUGGAGCGCAGACAGUUAUAUUUGGCGGGGAAAGAAACGCUCCCGGAGUGCUCGCAAUGGAUCAAGUCCUGGAGGACUAGAAGCGGAUGGGACAGAGGAGCUGGGUGUCCGGUCAACAUCCUGUCCGAGGUGGCGCAGGGAAAGAAAAUGUAGCUGCUGCGCUCUUGGGGAGGCACUGGCUGCUGGAGACAUUGAUGUUUGUAGGAAGGCGUUGUCCCGGCGUUCUCUCCGGCAGAAGUUUCAGGAUGCCGUGGGCCAGUGUUUGCCUCUGCGCUCUCACCAUCAUCACCAUCACCAUUACCACCACCCACCUGGGUCCUCGCGAGCCUUUUCAGUGCUGUUCUGGUCCAAACGCAAGAUCCAUGUCUCAGAGCUAAUGCAAGACAAAUGUCCGUUCUCCCCCAAGUCUGAACUGGCCAAAUGUUGGCAUCUUAUAAAAAAUCAAGCUAAUCACCCUAGUGCACUCAAAGACAUGGAGGCUCCCUUGAAGCCCAAUGUCUCAUCUUCUACCUCUCCACCACAGACACCCAUUUCCUGGGAGGACAUCUGCUGCUCCCCUGGGCCUGGAAGCACUCCUAUUGAAGACUGGGACCCUUCAUGUCAUCAUGGUGGAGCAGAUGGCAUCUGUGGCCAUACCGACUACAUCCUGGUUCCUGAUCUGCUCCAGAUCAACAACAACCCUUGUUACUGGGGAGUGUUGAACCGCUUUGAGGCAGAGGAGCUACUGGAGGGCCAGCCCGAGGGGACGUUUCUGCUCCGAGACUCUGCCCAAGACGAGUUUCUCUUCUCGGUCAGCUUUCGACGCUAUAGCCGCUCGCUGCAUGCUCGCAUUGAGCAGAACGGGAAGCGUUUUAGCUUCGACGUGCGUGACCCGUGUAUGUACCAGGAUCCCAGUGUGACAGGACUGCUGAGACACUACAGUGACCCAGCAACCUGUCUCUUCUUUGAGCCCCUUCUUUCCAAGCCACUGCCAAGGACCUUCCCUUUUCCCCUGCAGCACUUGUGCAGGGCUGUGAUCUGUAGCUGCACCACCUACCAGGGCAUAGACACCCUGCCGCUGCCACCUCAGCUCAGAGACUAUCUCAGACAGUACCACAUUAAGUGUGAUGGGGCUUGUGCAGUGUGAACUGUGCCUCAGAAUAUGGACAAUCGAAGGAA